ACAAGGAAAUGCGGGAAGGUUUAAAAAGGAUGGACUGUUGACUGUACGCUCAAUACUGGCGUAGCUUGGUGUCUAGCUCACAGCUCAACAGGAGAUAGUCAAGGACUCCAGUAUUUUAACGAUUUCCAUCCAGCAUCUUCAACAAUAAUACACAAAAUGAUUCAUUUAACUUUGGUUUGGUGUUUGGUCUGUCUGGUAUCAGGAGCACCCCAGGCAGCUGACCGCCAGGUUGAUGCAGUCUUUGUUGGAGAUCUCAUCGAUACGGAUCAUGAUGUGGGAGGAAAGGUUUAUAAGUUGGAUUCUGAUACUCUUGUGAUUGAUAACUUCUCCUAUGAUGGAAAUGGUUUCGGAGUUUAUAUCCAUGUUGCCACUAAGGGCAAAGGUUUAGACGGGUUUGAAGACAACAAGAUCCUUAUUCCCUACCCUAGUGGUACAGAGGGUUUGCCGAUAGAAAAGAAAUUCGAUGGCACAGGCCAGCUGGUCAUUGAUCUGAAGCAGGUUGGUGUGAAGGCGAACCGAGUCAAGUGGUUGAGUGUCUGGUGUACAGUUUUCAACCAAAGUUUCGGACAUGUUCUUUUCUAAUUCCUUUCUUUAUGUAUUUAUUCACAGAGUAUUUAUCAAUAAAAAAUAUGAAAUUUU